CCAACCCCAGGCUGCUUCAUGCAGGCUGUCCCUCUCCUGCCACCCCGUGCAUCCCCUCCCCGAAGCAGCUGGCAGGGUGUCUCCAUUCAGCCACGUUUGGUAUGCACGAGCACGGCUGCAGGCAGAGGGGAGGCAGCUUUCUUAAGAAGGUUCUGUGGCUCAGGCGACGCCUCUUGACUUGUCUCCCAAGUUCCAGGAAGCCUCUGCCCUGAUGGAAUUUGCAGGUGUGGACAUGGCCAUGGGAUGCCACGGCCGUGGGGGACGGUUUCUCUUCUAGGCACUGCUCAGGGUUGCAGUUUCGGGUGUGCGUGGAAUUUGCAAAGGGUCAUGAAUCAAACGGAUGCUCCUCGACCCCUAAACUGGACCAUCCGGAAGCUGUGCCACGCAGCCUUUCUCCCAUCUGUCAGACUUCUGAAGGCUCAAAAAUCCUGGAUAGAAAGAGCAUUUUAUAAAAGAGAAUGUGUUCACAUCAUACCCAGCACCAAAGACCCCCAUAGGUGUUGCUGUGGGCGUCUCAUAGGCCAGCAUGUUGGCCUCACUCCUAGUAUAUCAGUUCUUCAAAAUGAAAAAACCGAAAGCCGCCUCUCAAGAAAUGACAUCCAGUCUGAGAAGUGGUCCAUCAGUAAGCACACUCAACUCAGUCCAACAGAUGCUUUUGGGACUAUCGAGUUUCAAGGAGGUGGCCAUUCCAACAAAGCCAUGUAUGUGCGAGUAUCUUUUGAUACAAAACCAGAUCUCCUCCUACACCUGAUGACCAAGGAAUGGCAGUUGGAGCUUCCCAAGCUUCUCAUCUCUGUCCAUGGUGGCCUCCAGAACUUUGAGCUUCAGCCAAAACUCAAGCAGGUCUUUGGAAAAGGUCUUAUCAAAGCAGCCAUGACAACUGGAGCAUGGAUAUUCACUGGAGGGGUUAACACAGGUGUAAUUCGUCAUGUUGGAGAUGCUUUGAAGGACCAUGCAUCUAAGUCCCGAGGAAAGAUAUGUACAAUAGGAAUCGCUCCUUGGGGAAUUGUAGAAAAUCAAGAGGAUCUGAUUGGAAGAGAUGUUGUCCGGCCCUAUCAGACCAUGUCCAAUCCCAUGAGCAAACUCACUGUUCUCAACAGCAUGCAUUCUCACUUCAUUCUUGCUGACAAUGGAACCACUGGAAAAUAUGGAGCUGAGGUGAAACUUCGAAGACAACUGGAGAAGCAUAUUUCACUACAGAAGAUAAAUACAAGAUGCCUGCCGUUUUUCUCUCUUGACUCCCGCUUGUUUUAUUCAUUGUGGGGUAGUUGCCAAUUAGAACCAAUUGGAAUUGGGCAAGGUGUUCCAGUAGUAGCCCUGAUUGUUGAAGGCGGACCCAAUGUGAUUUCAAUUGUCUUGGAGUACCUGCGAGACACCCCUCCAGUGCCAGUUGUUGUCUGUGAUGGAAGUGGACGAGCAUCUGACAUCCUGGCAUUCGGUCAUAAGUAUUCAGAAGAAGGCGGGCUUAUAAAUGAAUCUUUGAGGGAUCAACUGUUGGUGACCAUCCAGAAGACUUUCACAUACACUCGAACCCAAGCUCAGCAUCUGUUCAUCAUCCUCAUGGAGUGCAUGAAGAAAAAGGAACUGAUAACUGUAUUUCGUAUGGGAUCAGAAGGACACCAAGACAUUGAUUUAGCUAUCCUGACAGCUUUGCUCAAAGGAGCCAAUGCCUCAGCCCCAGAUCAACUGAGCUUAGCUUUAGCCUGGAACAGAGUGGACAUCGCCCGCAGCCAGAUCUUUAUUUAUGGGCAACAAUGGCCGGUGGGUUCUCUGGAACAAGCCAUGUUGGAUGCCCUAGUACUGGACAGAGUGGAUUUUGUGAAAUUACUCAUAGAGAAUGGAGUAAGCAUGCACCGUUUUCUCACCAUCUCCAGACUAGAAGAAUUGUACAAUACGAGACAUGGGCCCUCAAAUACAUUGUACCACUUGGUGAGGGACGUCAAAAAGCGAGAAUAUCCAGGUUUCGGUUGGAUCUAUUUUAAGGGGAACCUGCCACCGGACUACAGAAUCAGCCUCAUUGACAUUGGUCUGGUGAUCGAGUACCUGAUGGGUGGUGCCUACCGCUGCAACUACACUCGCAAGCGCUUCCGGACCCUCUACCACAAUCUUUUCGGCCCCAAGAGGCCUAAAGCUUUGAAACUUCUGGGAAUGGAGGAUGAUGUUCCCUUGAGACGAGGAAGAAAGACAACAAAGAAGCGAGAAGAAGAAAUAGAUAUUGACUUAGAUGACCCUGAGAUCAACCACUUCCCUUUCCCUUUUCAUGAGCUGAUGGUGUGGGCUGUCCUGAUGAAGCGGCAGAAGAUGGCUCUGUUCUUCUGGCAACAUGGCGAGGAGGCCAUGGCCAAGGCCCUGGUGGCCUGUAAGCUCUGCAAGGCAAUGGCUCAUGAGGCCUCCGAAAAUGACAUGGUCGAUGACAUCUCCCAAGAGCUUAAUCACAAUUCCAGGGACUUUGGGCAGCUGGCUGUCGAGCUCUUGGACCAGUCCUAUAAGCAGGAUGAGCAGCUGGCCAUGAAACUACUGACGUAUGAGCUGAAAAACUGGAGCAAUGCCACAUGCCUGCAGCUGGCUGUGGCUGCCAAGCAUCGAGACUUCAUUGCACACACAUGCAGCCAGAUGUUGCUCACAGACAUGUGGAUGGGCCGGCUCCGCAUGCGCAAGAACUCAGGCCUCAAGGUAAUUCUGGGAAUUCUACUUCCUCCUUCAAUUCUCAGCUUGGAGUUCAAGAACAAAGAUGACAUGCCCUAUAUGUCUCAGGCCCAGGAAAUUCAUCUCCAAGAGAAAGAACCAGAAGAAUCAGAGAAACCCUCAAAGGAAAAAGAUGAAGAGGACAUGGAACUUACAGCAAUGUUGGGAAGAAACAGCGGGGAGUCCUCCAGGAAGAAGGAUGAAGAGGAAGUUCAGAGCAGACACCGAUUAAUCCCCUUGGGCAGAAAAAUCUAUGAAUUCUAUAAUGCACCCAUUGUGAAGUUCUGGUUCUACACGCUGGCUUACAUCGGAUAUCUGAUGCUGUUCAACUAUAUCGUGUUAGUGAAGAUGGAGCGCUGGCCUUCCACCCAGGAAUGGAUUGUCAUUUCCUAUAUCUUCACCCUGGGAAUAGAAAAAAUGAGAGAGAUUCUGAUGUCAGAGCCAGGGAAACUACUUCAGAAAGUAAAAGUAUGGCUACAAGAAUACUGGAAUGUCACAGACCUCAUAGCAAUUCUACUCUUCUCUGUGGGAAUGAUUCUUCGUCUCCAGGACCAGCCCUUCAGGAGUGAUGGCAGAGUCAUCUAUUGUGUGAACAUCAUUUAUUGGUACAUUCGCCUACUAGACAUCUUCGGUGUGAACAAGUAUUUGGGUCCUUAUGUAAUGAUGAUUGGAAAAAUGAUGAUAGACAUGAUGUACUUUGUCAUCAUUAUGUUGGUGGUGCUGAUGAGUUUUGGGGUUGCCAGGCAAGCCAUUCUCUUUCCCAAUGAGGAACCAUCAUGGAAGUUGGCCAAGAACAUCUUCUACAUGCCCUAUUGGAUGAUUUAUGGGGAAGUGUUUGCAGACCAGAUAGACCCUCCAUGUGGACAGAAUGAGACCCGGGAAGAUGGUAAAAUAAUCCAGCUGCCUCCCUGCAAAACAGGUGCAUGGAUUGUGCCAGCCAUCAUGGCCUGCUACCUUCUCGUGGCCAAUAUCUUGCUGGUGAACUUGCUCAUCGCAGUAUUUAACAAUACUUUCUUUGAGGUCAAAUCAAUAUCCAACCAAGUGUGGAAGUUUCAGAGGUAUCAGCUCAUCAUGACUUUCCAUGAAAGGCCAGUUCUGCCUCCACCUCUGAUCAUCUUCAGCCAUAUGACCAUGAUAUUCCAGCAUCUGUGCUGCCGGUGGCGGAAACAUGAAAGUGACCCAGAUGAGAGAGACUAUGGCCUGAAACUCUUCAUAACUGAUGAUGAACUUAAGAAAGUACAUGAUUUUGAAGAGCAAUGUAUAGAGGAAUAUUUUAGAGAAAAGGAUGACCGAUUCAACUCUUCCAAUGAUGAAAGGAUACGAGUGACUUCAGAAAGGGUGGAGAACAUGUCCAUGCGGCUGGAGGAAGUGAACGAGAGAGAGCACUGCAUGAAGGCGUCCCUGCAGACCGUGGACAUCCGCCUGGCUCAACUUGAGGACCUGGUCGGGCGCAUGGCCACUGCCCUGGAGCGUCUGACGGGUCUGGAGCGAGCCGAGUCCAACAAAAUCCGCUCUCGGACCUCCUCGGACUGCACCGACGCAGCCUACAUCGUCCGCCAGAGCAGUUUCAACAGCCAAGAGGGCAACACGUUCAAGCUCCAAGAGAGUAUCGACCCUGCAGGUGAGGAGACCAUGUCCCCAACUUCUCCCACCCUAAUGCCCCGUAUGCGAAGCCAUUCUUUUUAUUCGGUCAAUGCGAAAGACAAAGGUGGUGUAGACAAGUUGGAGAGUCUGUUUAAAGAGAGGUCCCUGAGUCUGCACCGGGCCACUAGUUCCCACUCGGUAGCGAAAGAACCCAAAACUCCUGCUGCCCCUGCCAACACCUUGGCCAUCGUCCCCGACUCUCGGAGGCCGUCUUCAUGCAUUGACAUCUACGUCUCGGCCAUGGAUGAGCUCCACUGCGAUAUGGAUCCGCUGGACCCGUCUGUGAACAUCCUGGGGCUCGGGGAGCCAAGUUUCUGCGCCCUGCUGGCCUCCACGGCGCCCUCCAGCAGUGCCUAUGCCACCCUCGCCCCCAGUGACCAGCCCCCGAGCCGCAGCCUCGACUGCGAAGACAUCCCCUCCCUGGACACCAGAUCCUUCUCUUCGGACUAUGCCCAACUGCCCGAGGGCCACAACCCCUGGGAUGUGGAGCCGCCCCUGUACCACACCAUCGAGCGGUCCAAGAGCAGCCGCUACCUGCCUGCUGCGCCCUUCCUGCUGGAGGAGGCGCCCAUCGUGAAGUCGCACAGCUUCAUGUUCUCCCCGCCCAGGAGCUACUAUGCCAACUUCGGGGUGCCCGUGAAGACAGCCGAAUACACGAGCAUCACGGACUGCAUAGACACGCGCUGUGUCCACGCUCCGCAGGCCAUUGCUGACAGAGCCGCCUUUCCCGGGGGCCUGGGGGGCAAAGUGGAGGACACGCUGUGCUGCCACCCAGAACGAGAGGCAGAGCUGAGCCACCCCAGUUCCGACAGCGAUGAGAAUGAGCCCAAAGGCCCGAGGGGUGCCCCAGAGGGCCCCUCGCAGGACACUGAUGACGCCCAGCGCAGCACCCUGGCCAACAACAUUACCGUGCCCAAGAUUGAGCGCGCCAACAGCUACUCGUCGGAGGAGCCGAGCGGGUCCUAUGCGCACGCCAGGAAGAGCUUCUCCAUCAGCGACAGGCUCGACAGGCCACGGAACACGGCCAGCCUGCGAAACCCUUUCCAGAGGAGUAAGUCCUCCAAGCCAGAAGGCAGAGGGGACAGCCUGUCCAUGCGGAGACUGUCCAGAACGUCGGCUUUCCACAGCUUUGAAAGCAAGCACAACUAGAACCGGUGUGGUCUGCAUUGCAGGAGGCUCCAUCCAGAAUCCGGCCAACCCCUGUUCUUAUCCCCCAGUUUUCCCUGAUCACCACCACUUUCUCUUCAUUGCAGCAUAACCUGCUUUAUUUCGUAGUUGAGCAAAAACCAAGCGAUGCCUUGGAAAGUGUUCACGAACAGGUGACUUCUGAGCCAACAGUCAAGAAAACCUUUGAUCUGGCUCAGUGCCCAACGCAGGGGAUUUAAAGGAUGUUGGAUGGGCAGGGUGGGGAGAGAGGGAGAAGAAGGGUAAAUGUGCAUCACUAAGGCACGUCAGAAAGCCAAGCUCUGGGAAUGAAGGGGCUUCAAGCACGCUCCAGGCCAGGAGACAUCUUUGCGUUUUGGACUGUUAUCAAGAGUUUUAGGAGGCAGGGCUAAAUUGCGAAAUAAAAUAAAAUAAAGUAGCCAGUAUACAAAUGAGAUAUUCUAAACUUCAAUUCUGUUUUCUUUUCACAUUGGCUCCAUCACUGGUGACUGAUGAAGAGCAUCCUUUUUAUUCAGUAUAAGCCGGCAGCAAGCAGUUCUACCUAACGUCUUACAUCCUUCUCAUGCCAACACUUCUGUAAUUGAUCAUUAUAAAGAAAAAACAAGGUAACAGUCCUAGUUCACCUGUCUUAUAUAUUCACUUCUGGUGCCACACUGUUUUCUCUCUUUUGAAGAAAAUGAUGGAAAAGAAAUGCCUUUGGGGGUUGCAAUCAAAAUGAAAGAAGAAUUCAUGUUAAAAAGAAUGUCUAGUGUUCAUAAUAUACAGGGGGUUUCCAAGGCUAGUUAAGCAAGUUCAGAAUGAAUGUAACUAAAUAAUUUUGUAUUUUCAAUUUUAUUUUGUAUUUCACCUACCAUUGAUGCAGCUAUUCAUUCACUGAUUUGUGAUAGUAAACUUUAAAAAUAAAAAUGGGGCAGAAUUCACCUAAAAUUGACAAUAUGGGAUAUAGUUAUUCUCACCCUUCAUGUCAUUUGUUACUUUGCUGUGUUAUCUUCAUUAUUUGCAUGAAUUCACCAUGUUUUCUGCGCCUUUCCAAGAUACAACUGCCAAGUUUUCAUACCAUUCAUCACAUGACCAUUUUGUAUAUGAAUUCUGGUUACAUAUGGAUAUUUUCAUACUUAGAGUUCUGCCAUUUAGGACUCACCAUUAAUUUAAUUGGAGUUUUUCAAGGGCUGAUGUCUUUUUUAUGGAAAUGUUCCAAAGUAAUUUUUAA